UUAAAACAAUCCAGAAAAAUCACACCAAAUGCAAAUUAUGGUGGAAAAAAAAGUAUUUUGUCAAUAACGAAAGUUCAAUUCAAUACUUUAUUAUAUACAAUAUGUUGGCAAUGACAGCAGUAAAACUGUUUUUGGUAUUUUGGUCCAUUCCUCCAUGCAGAUCUCCUCUAGAGCAGUGGUGUUUUGGGGCUGUUGCUGGACAAUCCAGACUUUCAACGCCCUCCAAAGAUUUUCUAUAGGGUUGAGAUCUGGAGACUGGCUAGACCACUCCAGGACCUUCAAAUGCUUCUUAUGAAGCCGCUCCUUCGUUACCCAUCGGUGUGUUUGGGAUCAUGCCGGCCACGUUUCAUCUUCAAUGCUGAUCGCAGGAGGUUAUCCCUCAAAAUCUGACAAUUUUCAUUCUUUCCUUUACAUAGAUCAAUAAUCUUGAUCCUUUUGCUGAAAAACAGACCCAAAGCAUGAUGUUUCCACUCCCAUGCUUUAUAGUAGGUUUGAUGGUCUUUGGAUUCAACUCAGCAUUCUUUCUCCUCCAAACAAAACGAAUAGAGCUCGUCGUGUUUGGAGGAAAAAAACUCACGAAAAUAACUAAUAUUUCAUAAAUAAUUAAUUUUUUUAGUGUUCCAAAGGUAAUAUAUGAUCAUGGAUAUAGUUCACUCUGAAAGAAAAUCAUUGUAUGGCCCCUUUAGAUGUAUUGAAUUUAUUUGUUGUAAAAUACAUAAUCAGUUUAAAGUCAUUCCAGUGAUUUGGGUUGAUUUCUUUUUUUAAAUGACAAAAUUAAAUAACAAUGGGUGUAAAAAAAAUAAGAAUAAAAAAAUGUGCCUGACAACAUCUUCAGGGUUAUAAAGUGCUUCACUCCAAAAAAGAAAUGAAACAGAAAAAAGUUUAAAAUUAAGAACAAAAUUUAAAUUACAAAAAGCAGUAAACAAUAAAACAAAUAAAAGAAAAUAAAGCUCGUGUUUCAACGUGACAUUGUUGAAGAUAGAGAAGCCGUUAUGAUGUCUAAAUGAUUCAAUUAAAAAUAAAUAAAUAAAUAAAUAAAGGUGCCCCCAAACUAGGAGAUGUUCACUUUUCUUCCACUAGGGGGAGCCAAAAAGCCGGAAACCGUUCUGAACGUACCUGUUGAGCUUCAAGCAUUUGAGGCGUUUUUCAGGUUUAAUUCACCAUAAAAAAAUAGGUAAAUUACAUUUUAUUUGUCAUUGGAAUUAAACUAAUUAUUAGAAAAAUAAAAAGUAAUUUGUCAAAUUUAAAAAAUAGUGAAAAUAAAAGAAUUCAGGUGUUCAUUUACCUUAUUUUAGGUGAUUUAAGACUGUGAAAAAAUAAUAAUAAUAAUGAUGUCGUGGAUUGGUUUCAGAGUGGUCGUUAGUGGUUGAGAAACUGAGAAGGUUGAUGUAUUUUUUGCGGUGACUGGGCGGGUCUAUGCUGGUGUGCGCCAUGCGGGGGGUGUCAACUCAAGGAGAGGAGGGGGAGAGAGAGAGAGAGAAAAAAAAACGACUGGGAGUUACCUCCGCGCGCGCGCUGCGAGACAUGAGACCGGGCCGUUUCCCAGUCUGCCCCCGAACCCACUAAAAGAACCUCUGAGAUCAAACCGGAACCGCGGCCGGACUCGGCGGAUCAGUGGGAAUCUGCGGGCGCGCGCGCGGCCCCCUCCUCUCUCUCUCUCUCGCUCUCUCUCUCUCGCUCUCCCCCCUCACUCCAACCCACCCACCUCUCCCGUGCGCACGCGUGUCUGCGUGUUUACAAGUGUUUGAAGGAGUGCCAGAAACGAGGGAAAGAAGGAGGACGAAACCCAAAGGAAGGAGGGAUGGUGGACAAAUCCAGCAGUAGUACGAGAUAUUCACGUGUGAGCGCGCGCCUGUUCGAUUUGGAGUCACUCGUGGGAGAGCCCAGCAUGUCUCAGGAGCCCGGUGUGGCCUUUCCCCAAAGCUCCUCCACAGGAGGAAUGAAGCUGGAGGCAGUGAUGGAGCAGCUCCAGCGCCAGCAGCAGGCCCGGCUGGAGAUGGAGCGCAAGGAGCGGAAGCUGCGUGAGGCCCACAUCAUGUAUGCCCAGCAGGUCGCCGCCCAGCAGGCCAUCCUGGCGGCGGCCCGGGCCUCCGGGGCCACCUUCGUGGGCAAAGGUCUGGGCGGGGGCAUCCCCUCGGGCGGCGUGCCCCCCCGGAUGUCCAACCAGAGCAGCGUGGACUCUGAAAGAGAGGACGACGAGGACCGGGGCCGGGAUUCGGCGGACGACGAUGAGAUGAUGGAGGGAGACGAGGGCAGCGAGGACGACGAGGGCAGCGCCAGCGGGCUGGAGUUCCUCCACAAGCAGACGCUGGCCCUGCAGCAGAACGUGUCCCGCAUCCCGGCCCGCCCCUUCGCCAGCUACGCCGCCUCGGCCCCUCAGAGGGCCGCCUCGCCACCCGUCAGGGUCAAGCAGGAGCCCGACGAGGGCCUGUCCCCCGCCGGGCCCAACUCCGCCGCCUCCCCGAACGGACAGGCCGAGUGGGGCUUCGAGGACCACUUCAGACAGAAUGGCAGUGGAGGGUGGACAGAUGAGGCUGACAGCAGCAGAGGAAGAGGAGAAGCCUCCAGAGACUUUGCAAAGCUCUACGAGCUGGACAACGAUCCCAAACGGAAGGAAUUCUUGGACGAUCUCUUCACCUUCAUGCAGAAACGCGGAACCCCCGUCAACCGGAUUCCCAUCAUGGCCAAGCAGGUCCUGGACCUGUACAUGCUCUACAAGCUGGUGACGGAGAAGGGAGGCCUGGUGGAGGUUAUCAACAAGAAGAUCUGGAGAGAGAUCACAAAGGGACUCAACCUGCCCACGUCCAUCACCAGCGCCGCUUUCACUCUGCGCACACAGUACAUGAAGUAUUUGUACCCCUACGAGUGUGAGAGGAAAGGGCUCAGCUCCCCGGGCGAGCUGCAGGCCGCCAUCGACAGUAACCGCCGCGAGGGCCGCCGCCCCAGCUACAGCAGCAGCCUCUUCCGCUUCUCCCCUUCUCCCAGCACCGCCCCCCACAUCCUCUCACCUCCCAAGAUGCACCUCUCCGGCUUGGGUGCAGGGACCUCUGUGACCCUCAACGGGCUGCAGGCCUCACCGGGACCCUCCAUGAAGAAAGAUGACCUGACCACCUCAAUGAUGGCCGCCAGAGCUCCCAUUGCGCUGCCUCUGGCUCAGCAGCAGGUAGCUGGUUUGGCGAGAGCCGCCACGCUGGAACAGCUGAGGGAAAAGCUGGAGACCAGCGGAGGAGCCGAGGGUCCGGAGAGGAAGAUGGCCCGUCUGGCUGAGGAGCAGCAGCGCCUGAUGCAGCAGGCGUUCCAGCACAACCUGCUGGCCAUGGCUUCUCAGAUGCCCAUGAAUCUGCGUCUGGCAGCUCCCGCUGUCGCCACCAGAGAGGAAAAGCAGCAGGACAUGUCCCUCAGCAUCUCAACCAACGGGAAUGCCAGCAUCACUGUCUCAGUGGAGGUUAAUGGGACCAUCUACUCAGGAACCCUGUUUGCCCAGAAGUCUGGGGGGGCCCCGGGCCCCGCCGUGCCUGCCGCUGCAGCUGCUUCCGCCUCCCCCGCUGGAACCAGCGCCAGCUUUGGCUUCUCUGCAGCCCAGGCUCAGACCCUCAGCCCCACCUCCUCCACCACCUCCUCCAAGGGCCCGGGCUUAGCUGAGGCGGCCCCCAGCGGGUCUCCCUAACUCCCUGCCUUUUCCCUCUCUAUGCUCCCCGGGCCUCCGCUCCUCCGGGAGGUUGCAGCAUGAGCAUCCAGUAAUCGAUAAGAAACUGUUGCACAACAAAUACCUCAUCAAACCUGUCGACCUCUUGGCUGUCCGAUCUGGAAACUAGAGCCCGAGAAAAUUCUGCGUGGAAACGCGAGAACUGCUAUGCAUUAAACACACACACACACAAAUCAACCUCACACACAUGCUAGACACAAUCAGUUCAGCCAAAACCCACUGUCAGGUGUAUUCACAACUGAACUUGAAAAGUUUUAUCUUUAGGACAAUUUGUUUGUUGGUUGCCAUUUUGUUGUCUUUUUGAUUUUGUGUUUUAGAAAUGAUUUAAAGUUGUUUUUUUUUUCUUUUUACAUACCUCAAAUCAAAUAACCUGCAGUGGUGUCUUUACCUCAGGAGCUAUAGUAUAUUUAACCUGAAUCGAACUUUAUUUUUGUAUUCUUUUUUUUUCUUUUUUUUUUGACCUUGUUGCAAUUGGAGGGGAGGGGGAGUCGGGGGUGAAACUCUCUCGCCAACAGAACCAAAUGUACAGAGCAGCCAUCUUUACAGCAAUAGGCCCCUCCCCCCGAAAGGUGCGGAGGAACGGUUGGAUGCUCCGGAUCGGCAGCGAGAUAAAUACCUCACGGCGGCCCAAAGCAAAAGGUCUAGAGUUCAGUUUAGCGCACAGAUUUUUUUUUUUUUUGGGGGGGGGGGACAGCCUCACACACAGACACAUAAGCCCCUCCCCCACUCACAGGUGGUCAGCUCAAGCUCCCAUCUCCAGUACUUUUUUUUCUUCUUUUUUUGUUGGUUUCGUUCUUCCAGCUGCGAGCGUCGGAGCUGGCUGUCGGAGCGGGACCCCCACCUCGUCGGGUCUUCUCUGCUCUGGUUGGGGGGGGGGGCUGUUGUCUUUCUCAGGAAGCAAAGCGAGGACGGCGAGGAGUCACUGUCAAGCGUAUAAGUGAAGCGGUGGCGAAUGCACAAGACUGCUUUCAGGAAUACCUCAUCAGACUCUCCGCUGCGGGGAGCCACACUACAUACCUCGGCUGAAAAGCCUUCUAGACUCGGCGCCACAAGUCCUGCCUGAACUGAAACUGACAUGGACCCACACUGCGGGGGUGGGGUGGGCGAGGGGGGGUGACGUUUUGGGAAGAGGCUUUGCUAUCGUCUGUAUUUGCUCGUAUCACGCUUGUUUCUCUUUUGGAUGGGAUUAAGAUGGGGGGGGAGUGUUCAUCUUUUAAUUUUUUUUUUUAUUCUAACCCUUUGACGCUGGAGUUUCAGAGUUUAUGUUCUUUGAUUUACUGUAAUUUUUUUUUGUUAACACUCGCGCCGCUUUUCUCCUUCAGAAUCUGCUGGAGUUUCGUUG